AUGAAGCAGUCUCUCCCCCUCCUCCUCGCUCUCGCGACCGCGGUGAUGAGCAGCCUAGCGCCACGCCCUGUCGAACCCGAACGCCCAGCACGCACAGAAAGCACGGCGAGUGCGCUCGAUCUGCCAGAAGCGUACCCAACUUUCUCCACAUACAGAGGCUAUGGCAAAUAUGGCGGCUACGGGGACUACCUCCCACCACCUCCAGACCGCGAGGGCGCAGAAGUGAAGGUGGCGAAGAGAGAUGUUGAGAUGAAUCACGAUUGUGAGGAAGAUUCUGAUUAA